CAGACGAGAGGAGACGCCCUUCUUCACACCAUACCGGCUCUGGAGUCUCGACUAAAGAGAUUUUUCAAACUUAUACUGAUGGUCAAAGCUGAAAUUUCAAGACGAACUCACAAAUCACAAUGUCAAUGAGCAGCAGUUCAUCCGAAGAGGAUUAUGAUGAUUAUGAUGAAAGUCAUGAAACAGAUGAAAGAAUCCGCGAUCUGGAAAUAUUUAUCAAAGAAUUGCAACCAAAAAUGUUAAAUCUUAUGAAUGAAUUUGCUGAUGCGGAAAUGUUUCUUAUUGAUGGAGACUCGUUGUUAAUGGAACUUGCUUUAGAAAAGGAUUUAGAUUGGACUUAUAGCGGUCAGAUAUUGCAUCUGGUAUACCUCUUUGAACGAUACCUACAUUUCUUUGUCCGAAAAGAUGGCAUUUUUCAAAUCAUCUUCUUCAAGAAUCUUGAAAGCGUGUGGAAAUCGCAGCCAUGUGUUUACCUUGCACGUAAAAUUAUCUUGCAACAUCUUCUUGCAAAUGUCAGCUUUAAGGUUCUGUUUGAUUUUGAGAGUCCUUGGGAUCCUAAUUUUUUUAGUUACAUAAAGAAAUAUUCCCCAUCAUUCAUGCUUCUUUCUGAUGGUGAAAUCUUACAUGAACCCGAAAGACAAAGAUUGAUUCCUGAGAAUGCUCUUAGAAUCUUCGUUCUUCAUUUUUUGAAAGUUCUCAGCUUAGAAAUGAAUUGCGCGUUUACUUAUGGCAUAGAGUUUGGUACAUCCACUCUUAACGGUUUCCAUAUCAUGCAUUCCCAAAGAUUUAGAAAAUGGAAACUACCAACGCCAGACGGGUCCGGGGUAACCAGAGCGUUUGUAUCCUCUAGCAGUUUAACACAGGACAUUAAUCGUGCUGUGGUAAAGUUGAAAUCCGUCUCCUCCAUGUUUAAUACAGAAUGUCAAGAUGAGGUUGGCGCUAUUGAUUGUCGUCUUCUCCUUCACUCAGUAACAGCUGCUGUAUAUCUAAAAUUAUUUAGUAAAGGUCCCGGAAAUCAAGAUUUUCACCAUGAUAUCAUCCGUGUUCUGUUUAUUCAUGGUGUAAUACUCACACAAGUUUCAUUGAAGUACAGAUCAUUUUCUCUGGAUGACUUUAAACGUGUGUUUAAGAAUACAACGGUGGAGAGUCGGUUGAAAGAAAGUCUUGAAAAAUUGCAGUUUAUCAUGGCAGAAGUUCUUGACGUAUUUAUCCAAGCAUUAAAAGAUGAAGACUCUCCUCGGUCGAUGAAAGGAGUAUGCGAUGCUUGGGAUGGACGGUUGUUUUAUCAAGUUUUAUUGUUGUUGGUAACAAGCAAGGCGAAUGGAAGUGAUCUUCAAUUGUCCGAUAUUUCAAACCGAAAGUACGAAUCUCUCGUCAAGGUUGCAUCAUCUUUGCUAGACGAUGAGGAAAAACUUGAAGCGUUUCCUAUCAUCCAUUGUCUUGAGAAACACUUGGCUGAUUCUACACAAGUAAAGAAUGUAGAUUUCAAACAUGGUGUGCUAGAGAUUACAAAGAAAUGGAGAAACGUGAAGGAGAGUAAAGAUGGUUUGAUCAAAAUGGAGUGCUUGUUGUUGAAUGAAUACGCAGGGAAGAUUCUUGAGAAUACAUCAGUAAGGAAGCUCGAUAUAAAGGAUCCAGAUGUCGCAGCUUUAGUUGUGAGCGGAAAUAAUUUUGACGAGAAAUAUCAUUGGCAUUCCGGAAGGCCACUCACUGAUGAGUAUAAAAGAACAGAAGAGAGUAACAACAUUAAUCAAGAUAAACAUGCCAGAUUUAUGCAGAGAUAUGGACAGUCAUUGCAUGGUGAAGUAACCUACAAGCCAAUUGUCGUUAAGGAUACAACAAUCAAGAGUCACAAGAAAACGAGCAAGAUUUCACAGAAAGCCCUAGCUAUUCAACAAGAUAAUUCCCAGACGAUAGAGGAAAAGGAACUAAGAAAAGAAGAGAAUUCGUGGACGAGCGAGAGAAAAAAAGUUCAACAGUACGAAAAUGAAGGAGAACUUGACAUAGCACUUGAGAAACUCGAUCGCUUUCUUAAAGGAGUAAACAAGCGUAAGAUAAAAAUUGACGUACAGCUAACGAGAGCACGAAUCUUGUGGAAGAUGUGGAAGGAUUAUUGUCAUACAAAUAAGGAAGAUGAUCGAGAUGGAAGUAGGGCCGAGAGUCUCUUUCUCACGGUACAAGAUUUAGUUGAAAACUAUAAAGAAGAUCUCUCGAAAAAAAAUAAAGAUACUCUUGGUGAGUACCUUGACGCGAUUGGUUUCAAAAAUAUUGUGGUGAAGACGAAUUUGACAACAAAGAAAUUCGAAGCUAACGAUGAAUACAGUUUGAGAACAUCAAGCUCCAGAUUCCAACUGCACAACCUUGGCGAUCAGUUAAAGAGAGAAUCACGGACUGAUCGGGACAAUAGAAUUGAUCAUUUUAUUCCCGAAACGUGGCAAAGAAAAAUGUUGGAUGCAGUUGAUAACAAGCAGUCAGCGUUGAUUGUCGCACCAACAUCUUCUGGGAAAACGUUUGCAUCGUUUUAUUGCAUUGAACAAGUGUUGAAAGAGGAUAAUGACGGUGUCGUUGUUUACGUCUCGCCUACUAAAGCUUUGGUCAAUCAAGUUUCAGCAACCUGUUGUGUAAGAUACAAAAAGAAAAUGCCUCCAGGAAAAAGUGUUUAUGGUGUGUUCACUCGUGAUUUUCGUCAAAACGCCCUUACAUGUCAAAUUCUCGUCACAGUUCCCCAAUGCCUUGAGAUCUUACUUCUUUCCCCCGCCAGACAAGAUUGGGUUGAGAAGAUCAGAUAUGUUGUAUUUGAUGAAGUUCAUUGUAUUGGUUCAGAGAUUGGGGCUGAGGUAUGGGAACAUCUCUUGCUCAUGAUUCGCUGUCCAUUCCUGGCCUUAUCUGCGACUAUCAGGAAUCCGGACGAUCUUCACAGCUGGUUGCAAAAUGCUGAAAAUGAUAAACAUUAUCGUGACACUAGAAACAACACAAUUCGUCCAAAUGCACCAAAAUCCUAUAAAGUCGACCUCAUAACGUACAACGAAAGAUAUAAUGAUCUCGAGAAGUUCAAUUACCUACCAGGCCGGUCCAAGCCGAUGAUUGAGCAUAUUCAUCCGUGUUCAGUAAUAACCUCUCGUCAGCUGAAGCAUUCAGGUACAUUCCCCGCACACGUGAGUCUUUCGCCAAGAGAAACUUUGGCUUUCUACGAUGCUUUCCAGAGGGUUUUCAAUGAAGAGGAUUCUUUAUUGAGAUUGACUCCAGAGUCCCACUUUCAGGAUGAAACAUUCAUCACAAAACAAAGCGUUAGAUCGUAUGAAAAUGCUUUGAAAGAUGAGUUUAUGAGCUACGUCAACAAUAAUGAUAAGCGAGUGGAAAAGGUUAUUGAUAGUCUGUCUCCAAGUCGUACGAUAGAUUGGUCGGGUUCAAAAAUAUUAAAAAGAGAUGCUCUCGCUUCCCAGAUUUUCCCACUUGUCGAAGAAUUGAAGGAAAAAGACCAACUACCUGUUAUAGUUUUUAGUUUUGAUCGGAAUUUGUGCGAACGGUUUGCUGAGAGAUUAAUACAUCGCCUACAGGCGAAGGAGGAAGAGCUUCGUAAAGGUAAAGCUAAAGAUAAAGAAAAACAAGAGCAAAAAAAAGCAAAAUUGGAAAAACGACAGCGUGAUAGAGAAGAGGAGGUCGAGGUGAUGCGAAAGACUGAAUCAUCUGGGCAUGAUUCGUUUCAUCGUCAAAAAAAGACAACCGCUGAGACGGCAUGUUUCUUAUUUGAUAAUGCUCCACCAAAAAGUUGUAGUUAUGCUGGGAUAGGUGUUCUAGAUGAUCAAGAUGCUCAGGUCAUCGUUGAGAGGUUGGAAAAACCGAAGGGCAUUAUUAGUGUUGAUGAAGUAUUUAAGGAAGGACUAAGACGUGGAAUUAGUUACCAUCACGCCGGGAUGCCAGGCAAACAGCGUGGUGUUGUCGAAAUGUUGUUUCGAAAGAAAUUUUUAAGAGUUGUGUUCGCUACUGGAACAUUGGCACUAGGAAUUCAUAUGCCAUGUAAGACGGCCGUGUUUGCGGACGACUCCGUGUUUCUUAAUACUCUUCAGUAUCAUCAGAUCUCUGGUAGAGCAGGACGGCGUGGUUAUGAUCGGAUUGGACAUGUCCUUUUCUUCGGCAUACCUCAAGCAAAGAUCCAGCGUCUUAUGACAGUCAGCCUGCCUCGUAUCAUUGGAAAUUUUCCUCUGAAUGUGUCAUUGGUGUUGCGCUUGCUUCUUCUCGUGAAUAAUGUGAAAGAACGUGAAAUUGCUAUGAGUCAAGUUUUAGCACUUCUUCAGAAUCCGCUGAUUUGUAAGAAUCAACCUGAACUUGAUCUUCAGUUGAAACAUCACUUUCUCUUCAGUGUAGAAUUGUUGGUACGCCAGGGACUGCUUGAUGAGAAGGGUCAUCCUCAAGGUUUAGCUGGUUUGGCCACCCACCUUCAUUAUCACGAACCUUCUAAUUUCAUCUUGGUCACAUUCUUACGUGAUGGACUUUUUCAUGAUAUAUGUCGCAGUGCUAGAUCACGUGAUGGCACAUUCUCCAAAGAUUUCUUGAAAUCCCUGGUAGUUUUGUUAAGUCAUCUAUUUGCUCGACGUAAACUACACAAAAUAGUAUUACGUCGUAACCGCAGCACAUCUAAAGUUCUCCUGGAAGACUUACCAGCAAAGUUCAAAAUUGGUCUUCAGAAAUACAACAAAAAAGUUCGCGAUGUGUUUGAUCUGUACCUGCGUACAGUGGCUGGUCAUGUCUACGACACUUUAGGAGAAGAUGUCACAUUACCAUUAUCCCGCACUAAGCUGAUUUCAUCUGAGAGUUACGUUGUUCCGUCACCAGCAGUAACAUUAGAAGAUAAACUAAAGUCUAUUGCUAUUCCGUAUAAAGCAUGUUCUGCGUUCGCAGCAUUAUCUGGCAACUCAGACACCAAGCUGUAUAGUUCCCAGGAUCUUCUAUCUAAUAUUCGAUAUCAGGUCUACACGGAUGUUAAAGUUAUUCCCACUUUGGAGGAUAAUGUAGACCUUAACGCUUACGCAUACGAUUUCUUUAACCAUGGCAACCAAAAAGCGUUAGUAAACGAGAAUGGUUUAAUGCAAGGCGAUGCUUAUAAUCUAGUUAAAGACUUUAUGUUGGUUCUGAAGUCCAUUUCUGUCUCGCUAACUGAGUUGGCUCCGGAUAAAGAGGAUGAUGACGUCAUCCAAGCAUUUACACAGCUCGCCGAAGAAUAUGAAUCAACAUUUAACGAGGCUUUCAAACGUUGAAAUAUGAUGGCUUCAGAAAGAUCAUAACAAUAUCCUUGAAAUGUGGUCGAUAUACAGAGAUGUAGUAGAUACGUUGAGAUAAUAUUUAGUAAAAAGAAAUCGCGCGUAGAA